AUGUUUGAUCUCAUUUCUCUGCACUUUUUCUUACAUCAGCAAGCGAUCGAUACCUAUUAUCCGAUUUUGUUUUUUGCUUCCAGUCCAUUCACCAAGCCCUCCCAUAUGAGCGGGAAACGUAAUUUUUCUCUAUGGAAUAUCUGGGUAGCAAGCACCCUUCUCAAAGUGCUUCUAUAUCCGGCAUACCAUAGCACGGAUUUUGACGUACAUCGGAAUUGGCUCGCAAUCACAAACAAGUUACCGUUGAAGGAAUGGUAUCUGGAGAACACUAGCCAAUGGACUCUGGAUUACCCUCCAUUCUUUGCUUAUUUCGAAUGGUUGUUGAGUCAGUUCGUUCCAGCAUCUGUUGCUGACGACGGUUGUCUUGAUAUAGUUGAUGUGGGCAACUACGGUUGGCCUACAGUAGUUUUCCAAAGAAGCACAGUGAUUUUGAGCGAGAUCGUACUCUUCUUAGCAUUACAGAAAUACAUCAACAUUUCCGCCGGCAAAGAAAAGGCUAGAAGCUUUGUUGUUGCUAGUUCAAUUGCUCUUUCGCCAGGUCUUCUGAUAGUGGAUCAUAUCCACUUUCAGUACAAUGGCAUGAUGUUUGGAAUCCUAAUUUUCUCUCUACUAGCAGCCAAGCAAAAAAAAUAUCUACAAUGUGGAGCACUGUUCAGUGUAUUGCUAUGUUUUAAACACAUAUUUCUUUAUAUAGCCCCGGCAUAUUUUGUGUUUUUGCUCAGAGUUUAUUGUCUGGAUAUUCAUGAGACCUCCUUCAAGACACCACGAUCACUAUUGAAGUCUGUGCGAUGGUCCAAUUUGUUUAAACUGGGAUUCACAGUUAUUACCGUAUUUGUCAUUGCAUUUGCUCCCUUCGCCUAUUACGGCGUGAUUCCUAACCUAAUCUCAAGACUGUUUCCGUUCUCAAGAGGGUUAACUCACGCUUAUUGGGCUCCAAAUAUUUGGGCCCUAUAUUCUUUCCUGGAUAGGGUGUUGGUUCAGUUAUACCUGCAUGUUCCAGGUAUUUCCAGCAUCAUCUCAAGAUACAUUGGACCAGAAAGUCUCGUUUCAAGGCUGAAAAACUCUACAGCAUCUACUAAGGGCUUAGUGGGAGAUGUGGAAUUUUUUAUAGUUCCAACUAUAACUCCCAAAAUGUCGUUUAUUCUAACUCUUUUCUAUCAAAUUUUGGCCGUACUACCUUUACUGCUCUUCCCGACGUUCAAGAAAUUUUUAGGUUCCAUUACAUUGUGUGCAUUUGCAAGUUUCUUAUUUGGAUGGCAUGUACACGAGAAAGCCAUCAUGCUUGUCAUUAUACCAUUUUCAUUUAUAGCCGUGAGUGAUAGAAGGUUAUUGUACCCUUUCCAUACUUUAGUCAACGCAGGCUACGUGUCUUUGUUUCCACUAUUAUUCAAGUCUCCAGAAUGGCUUGUAAAGGUCCUGUACACUUUGGUGUGGUGCAUUAUUUAUUUCCUCUCCUUCAAUGAGGUAUCCAAGCUGUCAAAGUCAUUAUCUCGACGAGUCUUUUACAUGGAUAGAACAAAUCUGAUAUAUAUUCUUGGACUGAUCCCAUUGACAUUAACCAUUGGUGUAUUGGAUGUGCUAUCUGAAAACUUUGAAUUAUUGAAGAGACUUGAGUUUCUAAGGCUGAUGAUGUACAGCGUUUACUGUGCACUGGGAAUAAUCGGCAGUUGGAACGGAUUAAGCUGGAUCUAUUUCUUGGAUGAUACACUGAAUGGAGACUCGAGUGAGGUCGCAUAG